AUGGAGCCAAGUGGGGCCCAGCUCCGGAAAAGAGACAGGUUGGGAAGGGAACAAGGGAACAACUCUCCCCUCAAAGAAAGUACCAAAGAACAUGGAAUUCCGGACCUGGUGCAAUUGACAAGGCAUAUGGAGGCAGUGAAGGCAGAAUUGUUGGAGCAAGCCCAACAGCAGCUGUCUGAGUUGUUUGAUCGGGCCAUGUGGGAAGCUGUGCAAUCCUACCCACCUCAGAGGUGGGACCAAGCUCCAGCCUCCCAGGAUUCCCCAAAAAGAGCCCGGGAACCAUUCCUGGAGAAACAGAAAGUUUUCAUCCACCGCAAGUCACUGCUUGACGAGUUGAUGGAAGUUGAGCAUUUUCGAACCAUCUAUCAUGUGUUCAUAGCGGGAUUGUGUGUCUUCAUCAUCAGCACACUGGCCAUAGACUUCAUUGAUGAAGGAAGGCUAGUGCUGGAGUUUGACCUCCUGAUCUUCAGCUUCGGACAGCUGCCCCUGGCCUUAGCGACCUGGUUGCCCAUGUUCCUCUGCACACUCCUAGCCCCGUACCAGGCUCUGCGGCUUUGGGCUAGACCCAGGGGCCAGGGGACCUGGUACGCGGGGGCGGGGCUAGGGGCGGGGCUUCUGGCCAUCCAAGCGGCGGUGUUGGGCGCCCUCCCGGUCCACGUGGUCCUGGAAUACCAGCUGUCUCCUGCUUCCCGCUGCGUCCUAGUCUUUGAGCAGCUCCGGUUCAUGAUGAAAAGUUACUCUUUCCUGAGGGAAUCCAUGCCUGCAAUCGUCCAUGCUAAAAGAGGUGAGGGGACCCAAGCUCCCAGUUUCUCCAGCUACCUGUACUUCCUCUUUUGCCCCACACUCAUCUAUAGAGAGAGCUACCCCAGGACACCCCAUGUCAGGUGGAAUUAUGUGGCCAAGAACUUCGCCCAGGCCUUGGGGUGUCUGUUUUAUGCCUGUUUCAUCAUUGGCCGCCUCUGUGUGCCUGUCUUUGCCAACAUGAGCCGUGAACCCUUCAGCACUAGAGCCCUGGUGCUCUCCAUCUUGCAUGCCACGCUGCCCGGUGUCUUCAUGUUGUUGCUCAUGUUCUUUGCCUUUCUCCAUUGCUGGCUCAAUGCCUUUGCUGAGAUGCUCCGGUUUGCAGACCGAAUGUUCUACAGGGACUGGUGGAACUCAACAUCUUUCUCGAACUACUAUCGAACUUGGAAUGUAGUGGUCCAUGACUGGCUCUACAGUUAUGUAUAUCAGGAUGGACUUCGGCUUCUGGGUAUCAGAGCCCGAGUGCCAGCUAUGCUCAGCGUGUUCCUGGUCUCUGCGGUUGUCCAUGAAUAUAUCUUCUGCUUUGUCCUGGGAUUCUUCUAUCCUGUCAUGCUGAUACUCUUCCUCUUUGGAGCUCUGCUUAAUUUUAUGAUGCACGACCAGCACACGGGGCCAGUGUAUAAUGUCCUCCUCUGGACGAUGCUUUUCCUGGGCCAGGGGAUCAUGGUCAGCCUUUACUGUCAGGAGUGGUACGCCCGGAAGCACUGCCCACUGUCUCAGGUGACCAUCUGGGGACUAAUUACCCCCCGAUCCUGGUCCUGCCAUAUCUAGAGGUCAACAUGCUUCUACGUCCCUCUGGCCAAAGUCUAGUCCUGGAAUUUUCCUUUGUGGGGUCUUGGCCCCACCACCUCUCCCAGAACCAAGGUGGCACAAGCCCAAGUGCCACCCUUGUGGUAAAAAACACCUGGAGAGCACGAGACCUGCCGUUGGGUGCCAGGGGAAGACGUUCGGAGAUAGCCA